AUGCUUUUUCAAUUGAGGCAAGAGUGGCUCCUAGCACAGAUAUUGUUUCAGAUUACGGGUUCAAAAGGGAUCGAUGAUUUUGAUAAGAAGCUGGAAUUUAUCUUGAAGGAACUAAAUACGACGUUCAAAGACCAUAUUGAUUUUUGGACCACUUUUAAUAGGCCGCCUAAUAGUGGUUACCUGACAUACGAUCUGAAAAGUCUCCAGGACCGGGCCGAUGAAGUAAAUGGAUUUGCAAAAGAGCUCCGACGGUGGGAGGAAUCUAUCCGAGAUUUCGAGCCUAUCAUUCGUUACGAGAAGUAUGCCCGACAGGAUUUGAACCAGGUCGUUGAUGCUAUUUAUGAUGAGAAAUGA